AGAGCGAAUACCAAGAAGGUGGUGUGCAGAGAUGGACGUGGGGAAGCAUGAAUCUCACCUGAAGCUCCUCCAGACACCUGAACCUCAUCCACGGAGAGCCCGUGUCCCAGAAGUCAUUGGAACUUGGAGUCUGAGGAACAGAGAGCAACUCAGGAAGAGGAAAGCCGAAGUGCAGGAGAAGCAGACGUCGCAAUGGCUCCUUGGAGAACAGAAAAAACGCAAGUGUCAAGGCACAGGAAAAGGAAAUUCAAGAGGCCGAACGAGACAAAGAGGCACAAAGGUGCAGGCAGAAAAGCAAAGGGUGCAGGCAGAAAUGGAGUGCCCUGUAAGUCCUGUGACUGCAGUCCCCCCACUGGUGGUGUGCCCCCCACCUGCACAACACUGUGCUGAAGUGCGCCAGGAGAGAGCAAUACAGAACCACUCGCAAGCAUACAAACACACGGCCAAACCGGAAGACCGCUCUCCUAGCACGUGCCAAGAAAUGACUGCACUUCAACAUUCUUCUAAACUAUGCCAAGACACGGCUGAACCCGAGGUGCUCUCUCCUAAAAUAUGCCAGGAAAUAGCUGUGCCCCAAGACCAUUCUUCAAAAGCACCCCAAGAUAUGGCUGGACCUGAGGCGCUCUCUCCUAAAAUAUGCCAGGAAAUAGCUAUGCUCCAAAACCAUUCCUUCAAGGCACCCCAAGAUAUGGCUGGACCUGAGGCGCUCUCUCCUAAAAUAUGUCAGGAAAUAGCUAUGCUCCAAAACCAUUCCUUCAAGGCACCCCAAGAUAUGGCUGGACCUGAGGCGCUCUCUCCUAAAAUGUCCCAGGAACCAGCUGUACCCCAAAACCAUUCUUUCAAGGCACCCCAAGAUAUGGCUGGACCUGAGGCUCUCUCUCCUAAAAUGUCCCAGGAACCAGCUGUACCCCAAAACCAUUCUUUCAAGGCACCCCAAGAUAUGGCUGGACCUGAGGCGCUUUCUCCUAAAAUGUCCCAGGAACCAGCUGUGCUUCAAGAACAUACUUUGAAAAUGUGCCAAGAUGUGGCCAGGCCUGAAGUCCUCUCUCCUAAAACACAUCAAGAGGCAGCCGUUGUUCCCUGGACAACACUUGGAGAUGCUGCUGGCCCAGGAUGCUCUCCUGCAGCACUCCCCCCAUCAGAUGUGCCUGAAGGCUGCCCACUUGACGCAUGCCCCAAAUCAGUCACACCAGAGAAAACCGCUUGCCAAGGAGAUCAGGGCUUGGCUGUGACUGGAGGCUGCUUUCCUGAAACACGAGAACGCAGUGCGUCUGAAGACGUUUCUAUAAAAACACGCCAAGGAGGAACGGAACCUGAAUUCAUUUCUCAUGAGAUCUACAAACACACUGAGCCUACAGUUUCCUCUCCUGAAACAAUCCAAGAUUCACCUGGGCCUGAAGAAUAUUCACCUGAAGCCUGCCAUGAAAUGCCUGGGCCUGAAGACCUCUCUAUCAAGACCUGUGAGAAAAGGGAUGGGCCUAAAGACUGCCUUCCACAACAAACCCAGGAAGCAGAUGGGGCCCAAGGACAGGACCCUCUUCCCUACCAGGACGGUGAUGGUGCCUAUCGUUUCUCUCAAGAAACGAAGGAAAAAACCAAAGCAGAUCAAGAUCCAGAAACACCAUCAAGUCCACAGGGUCUACAAGAGAACUGUUCAGAAGACGACCCUGAUAGCUAUGUUCUGUUUUAACAAUACUCAGCGAUGAAGUUGCAGUCCAACCGAAUAUAGCAUACACAUCUUCUCUUGUAAAUUUUUACUGAAACAUUGUAGCAAUUGCUACAAUUUGCAUUACUGUUUUAGCUUGUGUUUUUUCCAUGUAGAUAUUAUCUGAAAGAGAGAACUAACUUUCAAAGGCUCUAACACAUAGACAAUAGUGACAAUAGUGUGUGUGUGUGUGUGUGUGUGUGUGUGGUGUGUGUGCUGUCUGAGGAUGUACAUAUGUAUGUGGGGGAAGACAGUAGAGGGAGGGACGAAUAAGAGCAGGGGAAGGAGUGAGUAGUUGAUUUUCCUUUAAGAAGAAACAUAUAUUUGGUAAUUGUGAGAAGACAGCAAUUAGAUAUGAACACUUAAUAUUUUGAAAGUAUAUAGUUUUUUUGUGAAUUUUGUCAGUUAUUGAUGUAAUUUCAGAAUUUUAUUCAAGCUUUACAUGGCUCGCUGAGCUAAUCUAAACAAGUCUAUUCUAGAACUUCUUGCAAAAUAUUUUGGAAUUAUAAACAUCAUUUACUUCUGUGUGUGAAU